CAUCUCCUCCAUCAUCUCCUUGGACGAAGAAGAAGAAGUUAUUGCAGUCGACCGUGGCCACUGCUCCAAGGACGAAGAAGAAGAAGAGGAACGUGGAAACAGAUCCCGUGCUUCCACGCAUAGAGGACACCACAGUGUCACAAUGAGUACCGCUGGAAAACCGUCCGAAGCAGGUGCCGGUAUGAAUGAACUGAUGCCAACUGACGAAUCCCAUACCGGCUCUUCACCAGGACUUCAGAACGCGCCAUCCGAGGAAAUUCCCGGAACUCCUGGCCCUAAGAUGAAUAACGAGCAGCACGCGUGUGCAAGUGAAACGGCACCUCUCGGAGCACAGAGCUUCUACGAGGACAUAACUUUCGCAACCCUGAAUUCAUCAACGGAGGACAAUACCGUGUACUUUGAUGCACUUAGUUCUUUCACCUCAUCUCCUACAUUUCAGUCACGUGACUCAAGAGACAUUCCGAGGAGUGGACAUUCACAUGCUGGAGAAGAAGCUGCAGCACAUUUACCCAGCACAUAUUCCCAACAACGAAUUGAUUUUGCUGACACUGACGGCAAUAUAAUGCUGUGGAAUAAAGGCCCAUUCGGUGAUGGCGACCCCGCUGCUCCCACAGGCCACGACGUGAAACCUUCAGCACUGGACCACGAACGAAUGUUUUCUGAGGAGGAGAUGUGUCACUCACUGAAGUUGCAGGAACAGAUGUUUCGAGAACGGCUACUCAAGAAAGCCCAACAGGGUUUGGAAAACCAAACAGAAAUGCGGCAACGCCUGGAGAUGCAAGACAGAGUCGCUCACCGGAUGUUUAAUGCCGUGAAAGAAAUGACCAGGAGAUGUGACGAUGCUGCGAAGGAGCGAGAGCGCCUAACAUCUGAUGUGGCUAAGCUCACCAUGGAAAGGGACGAGCUGGUGGAAGACCUGAAAGAAGUCGAAGCCGCUUUUCUGGAACUUCACAGCAGAUAUGAGCGCGCGAAGGAUGCAAUUGGCAAAAUGAAGGAGAAUGAAUCUCUUAUGAACAACCAAUUGACAGAAGUUCAGACAAUGGUGGAGAGAAGGAACGAGAUGCUGAGCAGACUCAAGACCAAAGUUGAGGAAUCCACUGGAGCGACACGGGGCACAAAAAUCGAGGGUUCCAGAAAAACAAUGAAUGCGGAAAACACCGUGCUGAAAGGUCAGUUGAAAAAGGCUGAGAUGAAGAUAAUCAGACUGGAGAAACGUCUGGAGCAGGAGACCGAAGAGAACUGCCGGCUGACACAGAGGUACGAUGACCUGAUCAGCAAGGUUCAGCAAAACUGAAGUCUGCGCAUGGCCUUCCACUUCUGCGAGGCUUGAAACAGUUGCUGGCUUCUUGUAUCUUGUCAAAUGAUACAAUUGGUGUAUUUCAUUUCAUUGUGUUUAUUUUUGUUUGAAUAUGAGGUAUACGUCUCGCUGAAGUGACGCCGAAUUGCUACUGCAUCAAUAAAAAUCAUGAUUCAAA